AGGGUAGGGUUCAUUGUGUUGAGGUCUGAGGUAUACCCUAUCGAACCCGCAAGUUGACCAGAGCCAACACCAAAGGUGAAUCUCUAAAAUUUUGCCAAUUGCAUCUUAGCAUCAUGUCGAUGGAUACGGAUACUGGGGCAGACACUUCUAUGACUGCAAAGGUACUGAAUAACAGUAGACUGUAUGUUAUAUCUUAUGCGGAAAGUAUAAUCCGGGAUCUGAUAACUAACCUUUCCUGCUCUACAGAUUACUUUGAUAGUUACUCUCACUGGGGAAUUCAUGAGGAAAUGCUCAAGGAUGAAGUGCGUACACUUUCCUAUCGUGAUGCAAUCAUGCAAAAUCCCCACUUGUUCCGUGGAAAAGUUGUCCUUGAUGUUGGAUGUGGAACGGGUAUAUUGUCAAUGUUUUGUGCAAAAGCUGGUGCCAAACAUGUUUAUGGUAUUGACAUGAGUAACAUUAUCGACAAGGCCAAGGAAAUCGUCAAGGUCAAUGGACUUGAUGAUCGUGUUACUUUAUUGAAGGGAAAAAUGGAAGACAUUCAAUUGCCUGUCGCCAAGGUCGAUAUUAUUGUGUCUGAAUGGAUGGGAUACUUUUUACUUUAUGAGAGUAUGCUCGAUACUGUUUUGUAUGCUCGCGAUCGCUAUCUCGCCGAGGAUGGUCUGCUAUUCCCUGACCACGCUAGAAUACUUGUUGCUGCUAUUGAAGACUCUGAGUACAAAGAGGAAAAGAUUGGAUUCUGGGAUGAUGUCUAUGGUUUCGACUUUUCUCCUAUUAAGGAGGACGUUUGGAAAGAGCCUUUGGUUGAUACUGUUGAGGCCCAUGCUGUGAACACGAACACAUGCACAGUUCUUGAUAUUGAUCUUAAAACUGUUAAAAAGGAAGAUCUCUCGUUCCAGUCGUCGUUCCAACUUACUGCUACACGGAACGAUUUCAUUCAUGGCUUCUUGGCAUGGUUUGAUAUUGACUUCUCUGCCUGUCAUAAGCCUGUCCAUUUCAGUACUGGUCCUUUCACUAACUACACUCACUGGAAGCAAACCGUAUUCUAUACGAGAAAAAAUUUGACUAUUAAGGCUGGUGAGACAUUGAGUGGAACUAUUUCAUGCAAGCCUGCUGAGCGUAAUCACAGAGAUUUGGAUAUUAACUUGUCAUACACAUUCAACCCUACGGAUUCUUCGAGAUCGGCGGUCUCUGAAAACCUGUUCUUUAGAAUGUGCUAAAAAUGGUCGACUAAACAAUAGCCUGUCGUUUUCAUAUCACUCUUAUUUUGUAAACUGUACGUUUUCUUUCAGAAGCAUUUCGGUUUGAUGGUCGGGUUCUGGUUUUCCUUUCUACGUACUUAAAAACUUGACGGUAUAUUUAGUAAGUUUUGAGAUUUCACAAUCGUUUUUGAAAUGAAAUAAAAGCUAUCUUUUGUUAAGUA